AUGUCUACCUCUCCCAGCACAACAACAAACGACCUCCUCGCCACAACCUUGACUCUACCACCAAAGAUCGCUGUAAUCAUCUGCUCCCAACGCUCGCCUCGAAUAGGCGACCAGAUCGGUACAUUUGUCUACAACAUCCUCAAGCAGUACCAGGCCACCGCGUCAAAGUCGAGUUCGUACGAGCUCUCUCUGGUCGAUUUGGCAGAGCAUCCGCUCCCGUUCUUCGACGAGCCAGUCAUCCCACAAACAAUCACAAACCCACUAGACUACCACCAUGAACACACGCGACAAUGGUCGCAUCUCAUCUCCUCCUGCUCUGCCUUUGUCUUCGUCACCCCCCAAUAUAACUGGUCCUUCCCGGCAAACCUGAAGAAUGCGAUAGACUACCUAUUCAACGAAUGGGCCGGCAAACCCGCCAUGGUCGUGAGCUACGGCGGCCACGGCGGUGGGAAAUCGGCGGAGCAGUUGACGCAGGUUCUUCGGGCGGUGGGGAUGAACGUGGUGAGCAGGAGUGUGGGACUGAUGUUUCCUAAGCAGGGAGAGGAUGGGAGGGCGUUCCUAAAGAAGGCGGCGAGGGGAAGCGAUUUAGGUCUGGCCGAGGAGCAAAGUGACGGGGGAGUAUGGGCGAAAGAGAUGGGAGAGGUCAAGGAGCUGUUUGCCGAAUUGGUGGGGAUGUCGUCGCAGGGUGGGAAGUCGGCGGAAUAG